GGAAAGAGAGAAAACUCGAUAAAAAUAAGGCGAAUUUCGUUUCCCCGGAAUCUACGAAUGUCUGCUUCUUCAUUUUAAUUUCCCUUCCAAAAAAAAAAAAAAAAACUGUUUUCUGUUUCCUAAUUAGCUCCACGAUCUCACCGGAGAAGCUACCUAGGGUUUCCAAUUCCAUCCCUGAAUAAAAGUGAACAAAGAGAGAGAGAGAGAGAUGUCGUUGUUGUUCAGAGAUGCGUCUCUCUAGACGAAUCGAUCUAACUUAAGAUUUACUUUUUUUUUUUCCUUUUUUUAUUUAAUUCCCCAAACUCUAAUUAGGUUAAACAAUAAUGGAUGAAGAUUCCUCUAUGCUCCCUGAAUCCGAUCAAGAUCGCGAAUCUCAUGAAUCCCAAUCUCAAUCUCAAUCUCCUUUGCCUAUGGAGAGGGAAGCGAAUCAAAACGACGAAUCACCGUCCGAUUCCGGAUCUGCGAAUCCUGACGCGACGAGUUCAGAGCAGCAGCAGCAGCAGCAACCGCCGCAAGUCGUUGGGCCGAGGUGUGCGCCGACGUAUUCGGUUGUUGACGCUUUGAUGGAUAAGAAGGAAGAUGGGCCUGGGCCUAGGUGUGGACACACGUUGACGGCGGUUCCGGCUGUUGGCGAGGAAGGGACGCCUGGGUAUAUUGGUCCUCGUCUUGUGUUGUUUGGUGGCGCCACGGCGCUUGAGGGUAAUUCGGGUGGUACUGGGACUCCUACUUCAGCUACUCCGAGUGCUGGCAUUCGGCUAGCUGGAGCUACUGCUGAUGUUCAUUGUUAUGAUGUCCUUUCUAAUAAGUGGACUAGGCUUACACCAUUUGGAGAACCACCAACCCCAAGAGCCGCACAUGUUGCAACUGCAGUUGGGACUAUGGUAGUUAUUCAGGGUGGAAUUGGUCCUGCUGGUUUAUCGGCUGAAGACCUUCACGUUCUUGACCUUACUCAACAACGGCCACGAUGGCACAGGGUUGUUGUUCAGGGUCCUGGACCAGGACCGCGUUAUGGACAUGUCAUGGCACUUGUUGGACAGAGGUAUCUCAUGGCAAUUGGUGGAAAUGAUGGAAAACGUCCACUCGCUGAUGUAUGGGCCUUGGAUACUGCCGCCAAGCCUUAUGAAUGGCGUAAGCUGGAACCAGAAGGAGAAGGUCCACCUCCCUGCAUGUAUGCAACUGCAAGUGCACGUUCUGACGGGCUUCUUCUCCUCUGUGGAGGAAGAGAUGCAAAUAGUGUGCCUCUGGCCAGUGCAUAUGGACUUGCUAAGCACCGAGAUGGACGUUGGGAAUGGGCCAUAGCCCCUGGUGUCUCACCAUCUGCUAGAUAUCAGCAUGCAGCGGUUUUUGUAAAUGCAAGACUUCAUGUGUCGGGUGGGGCACUUGGUGGUGGACGCAUGGUGGAAGACUCAUCCAGUGUUGCAGUCUUGGAUACUGCAGCAGGAGUAUGGUGUGAUACGAAAUCAGUUGUCACUAGUCCUAGAACUGGCAGGUACAGUGCCGAUGCAGCUGGUGGUGAUGCUUCCGUUGAGCUGACUAGGCGGUGUAGGCAUGCUGCUGCUGCAGUCGGUGAUUUGAUAUUUAUCUAUGGCGGUUUACGUGGAGGGGUGUUACUCGAUGGCUUAUUGGUUGCUGAGGAUCUUGCGGCUGCGGAAACAACAUAUGCUGCUUCUCAUGCUGCUGCAGCUGCAGCAACAAAUUCGCCACCAGGUCGGUUACCUGGAAGGUAUGGUUUUUCAGACGAAAGAAAUAGGGAGUCAUCUGAUUCAGCCGCUGAUGGCGCUGUUGUAUUGGGAAGCCCUGUUGCACCCCCCGUAAAUGGUGAUAUGUAUACUGACAUAAGCUCUGAAAAUGCAGUACUCCCAGUCACUCGGAGAACAAGCAAGGGUGUGGAGUAUCUUGUUGAAGCAUCAGCGGCAGAAGCUGAGGCGAUCAGUGCUACGUUGGCUGCUGCCAAGGCACGGCAGGUCAAUGGUGAAGUUGAGCUCCCAGAUAGUGGUGGGGAAACUUCACCUAGUGGGACACCUACAUUUUCGCUACUCAAGCCAGAUUCUAUGGGUUCAGUCAGUGUUACUCCUGCAGGAGUUCGUCUGCAUCAUAGAGCCGUGGUGGUUGCUGCAGAAACUGGUGGCGCCUUGGGUGGAAUGGUUAGACAGUUAUCUAUUGAUCAAUUUGAGAAUGAGGGACGACGUGUCAGUUAUGGGACACCAGAAAGUGCAACCGCAGCAAGGAAAUUAUUAGAUAGACAAAUGUCAAUCAAUAGUGUUCCUAAGAAGGUGAUAGCUCAUCUUCUGAAGCCUCGUGGGUGGAAGCCUCCAGUUCGACGCCAGUUUUUCUUAGAUUGCAAUGAGAUAGCUGAUCUUUGUGAUAGUGCAGAACGUAUUUUCUCAAGUGAACCAACUGUAUUACAACUUAAAGCUCCGAUCAAAAUAUUUGGUGAUCUGCAUGGACAGUUUGGGGAUCUUAUGCGCCUUUUUGAUGAAUAUGGUUCACCAUCUACAGCUGGAGACAUUUCAUACAUCGAUUACCUCUUCUUAGGGGAUUAUGUUGAUCGGGGCCAACACAGUCUAGAAGUAAUCUCCCUUCUGCUUGCGUUAAAGGUUGAGUACCAGCAUAAUGUACACUUAAUUCGGGGAAACCAUGAAGCUGCGGAUAUUAAUGCUCUUUUUGGCUUCCGAAUAGAGUGUAUUGAGCGAAUGGGGGAACGUGAUGGAAUCUGGGUGUGGCACCGAAUAAACCGUUUAUUUAAUUGGCUACCUCUUGCUGCAUCGAUUGAGAAGAAAAUUAUAUGUAUGCAUGGUGGUAUUGGUCGUUCUAUAAAUCAUGUGGAGCAGAUAGAAAAUAUUCAACGUCCUAUUACAAUGGACGCUGGCUCCAUUGUGCUCAUGGAUUUAUUAUGGUCGGAUCCGACUGAAAAUGACAGUGUUGAAGGUUUAAGGCCCAACGCUAGAGGCCCUGGAUUGGUUACUUUUGGGCCUGAUCGUGUUAUGGAGUUUUGCAACAAUAAUGAUCUUCAAUUAAUUGUACGAGCACACGAGUGCGUGAUGGAUGGGUUUGAGCGUUUUGCUCAAGGGCAUUUGAUCACUCUCUUUUCCGCUACAAACUAUUGUGGUACCGCAAACAAUGCUGGGGCUAUCUUGGUACUGGGGAGAGAUCUCGUAGUGGUUCCUAAGCUCAUUCAUCCGUUACCUCCAGCAAUUUCAUCAACUGAAACACCAGAAGGACAUUCAGAAGACACAUGGAUGCAGGAGCUGAACGCAAAUAGGCCAGCGACACCAACAAGAGGACGCCCACAAACGGCAAAUGACAAAGGAGGAGGUUCUUUGGCUUGGAUGUAAGAAGGUAGACGAAGAGGCACUCGUGCGCAUACAUAACCGCAACCAAAACACUAGUAACAUCUGUGCCUUCUGGUGUUCCUCUCUUGUUUUUUUUUUGUACAGAAAAGAUGAGCAAUAGACGAAAGGGUAGAGAAGUCAGUUUUGGUGGUGGUUUAUUAGUGAUUUGUAGAGUUUUAUUCGUUCGGGCUUGUUAGUCCCCUCUCUUUCUAUUUCUAUUCAGUCUUCUUUCUUUAGUAUCUUGUUUUUGUUUUUGCUUUUUUUUUCAUUCCAAUUGAUUACAUUCUCGUUUUGGUUUGUGGUAUAGUUUCUUGGCAAGUGGGAUAUGAGUUGUUAGAAUGGUAAUGGUCGACAUAAGUAUCAUCCGUAUUAGGAUGUAUUAGUUGAGGGUCGGCUCCACUGUCUUUUUAUUUAUUGUGUAUCAAAUAGACGUUGUGGCUUUGUGUGUAAUUUUUUUCUAAACUUUCAGCUCAUACUUUUUGUAACGUUUGUGUUGAUACUAUUAUCAUGAUACAAGACGAUC